AUGAAGUUUCUUUUUCUGUUUUUGAUGUUCACAGUGACGACAACUGUAACGUCACAAUUUGAACCAUUCUCUGUAAUAUCUUCAUCAUGGUCAAUGUGGUCCCCAUGGUCAUUUUGCUCCAACAAUGUGAUGAUCCGUGUCCGUGCGUGCUCAACAGUUCGUGGAUAUAAAUGUAUUGGACACAAUAAGGAGUUCCAAUCGUGUAAUUCUCCACCAAAGAAGAAUAAUUUGGACUAUGAGGAUCCAGAAGCAGCGGAUAGGGAAAUGGCAAUGAAACAGCUGUAUCAGGAUUACGAACCAGAAACUCCAGAUGAGGCUAAAUACGCACAAACAAGAGGAAACCGAAACUUCCAUAUGAUCUCUCCAACGACCGCUAUGCCACCAGCACCUAGAGCUCCAACAUCUUCCCCUACUGUAUCCGCCUCAACAUCUGACAAUUUCUCUGUCAUGAACAGAGGAGGAACCGGAGUUGGAGUCAUGUCAGAUGAAGAAGAAGAAUAUUUUGAGGAGACUGUUAGAAUGGCUCCACAAUCACCAAAACCUACACAUCCAUCAGUUCCAACUACGUUUGAAUUUGAAAAGUAUCCAAAAAGUACUGAAGAGCCAACUACGACGCCUUCAACCACCACACCAACUACAACGACUACAUCAACAACCACCACGACAACGACAACUACAACAACAACAACUGAAGCUCCAACAACUACAACUGAAAUAGAAACAACAACUGAAUUCACUGAACCCAUUCCACAAACUGUGACUCCACAUUACCCAACUGCUAAGAUAGUUGAUCAUGAAGCAAUUAUGGAGCCAGAAGAUGUUAACUUUAGAGGAAAGUAUACGUUGGAGGAGCCACUUCCAGAAGUUUCUGUUCCUACCUUCGCAGCUCCUCCUGGAACGAUGGCUACUGAGUUUGAGCCAGAGCAAGAGCAAGAGACUCGAACCGAAUCUCCAUCUACUCAACCUCCUCCAUCAUUCCCAAUUGACGGAGAACGGGAAGAACCAACAGAUGGAUCUACACACAGUGUUGGAUCGUAUUCAAUUGGUAAAGAACCAAUGUGGGAAGAGGAACCAGUUCAAUUGGAACCAAGUACAAGAGCACCAUCGAGGAGUAUUCCAACAUUUGCAAUGUCUCCAAGUACAAGAAGACUCGGAGAAGUGAGAAGAGCUCCGUCGACGGUUAACACUCAUAUUGAAAUGCCAAUGUCUAUGUUACCAUUUAUUCCCACUGUUGCGGAAAAACCAACAGCUACAACUCCAAUUGAGGAGACGACUACAGAGAGGCCCGCGCCGAGAUACAAUCACCACCCAAAAAUUGCACUCGUCACUUCCCAACAGAAUAUGCAGCACUUCCCAAAACUUAUGAACGAGCAGAGAGCAUCUCCAAGACCAUAUCUAAGAACUGUUCCAAGUCCAUCUGAAUUCGAGCAACAGUCUACAACAAAGAAAGCAAAGAUGGUUACAGUAGAGAUCACUAAUAAGGCAUUGAAGAAGAAAAGAAGAAACAGGAGAUUGAAGAAGCUGAAUAGGCUCGGAAAAAUCCGAACUGUCGCUGUGUUGCCUACAGAGUAUACUAUUCCAGCAACUGAACCAAUGCAAAAGCCAAUGCCAACACCUUCCAAGUUUGAGUUCCAAGAAGAAAAAUUCAUUGCACCGAAGCCGACCGAGCCAGUCACUCAUUUCACUGAGCCACACCCGACUUGGGCAUCAGACAAAGAUCGCAGAGUUUACGAGGAGAAUCGACAGUUGGAAGCAAGAAUAGCUGCAUUGAGAAACAAAGUGGAAAUGAAUAGAAAGAUUCUGGCAACAAUGAAAAUACCAGAUGGCGUCGAGACUACUGUAGGCACGACUACCGAAGCACCGAGAAAACCAGGACAAGAAGUGAUGCUGGAAGGAGAUACAGCACGAGCUCUGUCAUGGAUGAUCAAUGAUAUGGAGAGGCUGGUUGAUGAUAAAGCGAAAACUGAGGUCACCGAUCAAUUGCCAGUUGAAAAGAUUGCAGAAGAGCCAGUUGGAUUCAGAUUAGGAGAUUCGGAGACCGAUGAAUCCGAUGGAACAACAACCACUGUCAGCCCAUUUCCAUUCCCAAUUCCUGAAGACGGCUUCGCUCUGAUCCGUUCCAAACGAUCCACCAAAUCAUCACCAUAUAAGAACGGAAAGAAAAUUCUCUGGACUUCAUGGAGCGAGUGGACCAAGUGUCAAUGCGGCAAACAAUCUCGAAAAAGAAAGUGCCUCAAAUAUCUCGGCGGUUCAAAGUAUCCGUACGAUGAUCACAAAUUCAUUCCAAUUGAUCAAUCAACAAACGAAAUCGAGUUUGGAGAACCGGCCGAGUUUCCAGAAACCAUAGAGGAACCAGCUCCAGUUGAAAGUGAAGAAAGAGAUGAUUGGAAUCUGAACCGAGUGAAAAGAUCAUUGAAAUGUGUUCCACCACAGAUUGAAACGAGAUCGUGUUAUUCUCCGAUCUGUUAG